AUGAGAUCCUCAAUUCUCAUCUCCCCCACCCUGUCAAUCGGGAAAAUCCUCACCCCCGCCUCCCCCCUCCUCCCCCACCCCGGCAGGUCCGACGAGCUCAGCAAGACCGCGCCCGCGGGCCGCAUCGGCGGCGUCGCAGACGGCCCGAGCGCGUCGUCGCCCAUGCCGGUCGCGUCCCCCGGCGGCUUCAUGGGCGCGACCGCCCCGGCCGGGUCCGUGCACGACGCCAAGCUCCCCGCGUACUACGAGUACCUCGCGCCGUCGAGGUGGAAAGACGGCCGGCUGACCAAGGCGCAGGCGAAGGCGACCGCGGACAGGCUCUUCAACGACUCGCUCGAGCGCAACGCGCGGAAGCACGAGCGCGCCAACCGCCCGCUCCCGCGCUCGCGCUUCUGCGGCAAGUCGUCCGCGAAGGAGGAACGCGACGCGCGAUUCGACUUCCUCGCCGAAGAUGCAAACGCGUGGGUCGCCAAGAAGGGCGAAGGGUGCGAACCGCCGCCGCUGCCGACGACGGGCAAGGUGAUGUUCUGCGUCGAUCCGGUGUCGGGGAUACUGGUGCCGGACGGUUUGGAACCCGCGCCCGCGUUCGGGCCGAAGAAGUACACCGCGGUGUGCAUCAAGCAGUACGCGUCUCCGAGGGCGCAGAGGCUGGCGAAGAAGAUUGAGCGCUUCGACGAGUACAUGCCGGACCUGACGGACGAGGAGCGCAAGAUCCUGGGCCUUCCCGAGUACGGCGUCGAGCCGGAGCCGCCGGACGAUGCCGCGAUCGCCGAGAUGGCCGCCGCCGAGGAGAAGCGAGAGGCGGACAAGGCGAACAAGAAGAAGGCUCUGCUCGCGAAGCAGCGUAAAUUCUUUCGCGAGAAAAACGCCGAGUUCAAGGCAAGCCGCGAAAAGAGCAUGGCGACGUUGGACGAGGCGAUGCGCGCCAAGCUCGCCGCGCUCGUCGAGGACGCCAAGGCGCUGGAGCGAGCGCGACAGACGAAGCGGGAGAUCUCCGUCGCGAAGUUCAAGGAGGAACAGGCGCAAUUGACGCGGAAGAUGAAGGCGGCGAAGAUCGAAACCGAAAGGCGCAUCGAGGAGGCUCGGAAGCGAAGAGAGGAUGAGAUGAAGAAGGGCGACGCCGUGCGCGCGGAGCUCGAGGCCGAGCGCAUCGCCGAGAAGAAGGCGGACCUCAAGAAGAUGCGGGAGAAGGCGGCGGCGAGGAAGGCGGAGUUUGAGGCGAUGAUGAACGCGGCGGACGGCGCGGGGUCGGCGCUGGCGCAGGAGAUUAACCAUUUCCGAAAGCUCGCGGCGCAGCGAACCAAGGAAGCCGACGCCAAGAACGCCGCCGAACGCAAGAAGAAACGUCUGGAGAUUGUCGCGAUGAACAAGAAGUACGAGGCAAAGAUGGCGGAGACGUUCAAGCGGCAGGACGAGGAGAUGAAGAAGCGUUUGGCCGAGUAUAAAGCGCACGCCGAGAAGGACGCCAAAGCUCAGGCUGCGCACGCGGAACAAACGAUGGCGGCGCUGAAGAAGGCUCUGAGCGGCGAGCACCUCAAGGCGCCUCGCAGGCGGCGGGGCGAGACCGAGGCCGCGGAAGACGGGGAAGAAGGGGACGCGAGGGAACCGGACGGGGAGGGGGAGACCGUUCCGUGA